AUGGCUGUUCUCGCUGAGCUUCUGGCUCGGGCAGCAAGGGAAUCUGUGACCUUGUUCCUCGUUGCCCCGCUGGCGGUUCUCUGUUCAUAUCUCAUCUUCAAUGUCUUUUUCCAUCCUCUCCGCAAAGUCCCUGGUCCAUGGGUGGCUGCAGCGUCCCCUCUAUGGUUAUGGUACCACUCGUAUAUCGGCAACGAGACUACGUCAAUCGAGCAGCUGCAUUCAGUAUACGGCCCGGUUGUCCGAAUAGCCCCGAAUGACAUCGAUGUCAGCGACGGCGCAGCUCUCGCUCCCAUCUACUCCGAGAAAGGCGGCUUCUUGAAAGCUCCCUGCUACAGCAACUUCGACUUCGACGGACAUCCAACCAUCUUCUCUGCUCUUGAUCCGGCACACCGGGCGAUUCGGGCGAAAGCAGUCGUCAGCAUGUUCAGCCCAGCGUCAAUCCGCAAAGAGGGAGAUGCGGUGCUUCAGUCCUGUGUGAAAAGGCUCGUCGCGCACAUCAAGGGAGAGGCAUCGACCGGAAGGCCCGUGAACAUGCUCAACAUGGGCAGAUGUCUGGCGCUGGAUGCUGUUACUGAGUACCUCCUCGGCAAGUCAUACGGCGGCAUCGCCGAACUCGAGGCUUGCAGGUCCAACAACGAUCGCGCGAGACUGUCUGCCAGCGAGUUUGUCGACACUUUCGUAGCCGUCGGGCGCUUCUUCCUGCUGCCGAACUGGAUCUUCCACGGCCUCGAGUGGGUUCUGCCCAAGCUGUAUCCUGACCAAGCCGUCGAUCAGUCGAUGGAUCUAGUCACACGCUUUUGCAACCAAGCCGUUGCCGAUGCCAACCCCGAGAAGGACCAAACAUAUCAGGCGCGGCUGCUUCGAGCUAGAAUCAGCAAAGAAGAAGCCGCCAUGCAGUGCAUGGAUCUCAUAUUCGCCGGAACCGACAGCACGGGCAUGAACUUUGGCACGAUAUGCUGGCAUCUGGCACGAUCACCCGAGAUCUACCGCAAACUCCAAGACGAGCUCGCGUCGCCGGAAGCCGUCAAGGCGGACCCGCAGACUCUGCCGUAUCUCCGAGGCGUAGUCCGCGAGGGGCUGCGGAUGUCCAUGGCCAACCCAACACGGCUGCCGCGUCUUGUGCCACCGACUGGGUUUUUGUUUUCGACAAAGAUGUCGUCGUCGGGUGAGACGAGAACCUUCAAGAUACCCGGCGGCACCAGCAUCGGAUGCGCGCCCUUCAGCCUGCACUUCAACGAGGCCAUGUUUCCCGCCGCAAAGUCGUUCAAGCCGGAGCGCUGGCUCGAGCCGACGGAGGCGAUGCUGCGCGACUACAUCCCCUUCGGCCUGGGACCAAGGCAGUGCAUUGCCCGCAACCUUGCUUCCAGCGAGCUGUUCUGGGCGGUGAGAGAGCUGGCCAUCUCGGGGGUUCUUGAGGGUGCUCGAACAACGGGGCGCAUGAAGGAAGGAAUCAUUGUCGAUGAGUGGUUCAACGCCAAGGUCCCGGGCCACGCGAUCGAGUUGGCGUGGGGACACUGA